UAAUUUUGUAUAUUAAACACCGAUAUUGAACAAUUCUGCGGGUGUUCUCCACGUCACCAAAGUUAUGAUUAUUAAUACAAACUUUAGUGUUAACAUACAGCUAUCUAUAUCGCCUAGUUAUAGUCAGGCAUAAAGGGAUUGAUUGAUAGCUAGCUCCAACAGCUAACGUUAACUUUGGGCUAGCUAGUCUGGCAAAACAAGAAAUCGAAGGCUUCGAUCAAGUUUGGAUAUAUCUGCAUCAUGUUUCAUGGUAUCCCAGUUACAGGAGGUGUGGGAGGAGCUCCGGCCAAUAAGCCCGAGUUAUAUGAGGAGGUUAAAUUAUACAAGAAUGCAAGAGAACGAGAGAAGUAUGACAACAUGGCAGAGUUGUUUGCUGUUGUCAAGACCCUUCAGGCCCUUGAGAAGGCUUACAUCAAAGACUGCGUCACACCAAAUGAGUACACUGCUUCCUGUUCCAGGCUGCUAGUUCAGUAUAAGGCUGCUUUCAAACAGGUGCAGGGCUCUGAUGUGGGGUCCAUCGACGAUUUCUGCCGAAAAUACAGACUCGACUGCCCACUAGCCAUGGAAAGGAUUAAGGAGGAUCGGCCAAUCACCAUCAAGGAUGACAAAGGAAACCUCAACCGCUGCAUUGCAGAUAUCGUUUCUCUCUUCAUAACUGUGAUGGACAAGCUGAGACUGGAAAUCAGAGCCAUGGAUGAGAUCCAGCCAGACCUGAGGGAAUUGAUGGAAACCAUGAACAGAAUGAGCAACAUGCCUCCAGACUCGGAGGCUAAUGACAAAGUCAGCCUUUGGUUGACCACCCUCAGCAGCAUGUCGGCCUCUGACGAGUUGGAUGAUAACCAGGUGCGCCAGAUGCUGUUUGAUCUUGAGUCGGCCUACAAUGCCUUCAACCGCUUCCUCCACUCCUCCUGAAGCAUCUGUCCACCAUUGAGCCAUCUGUCUGAAAUUCUGACUCUAAUAUCUAUUAAGUUAUAAAAAGAAACUCUACUUUUUCCUUCUGGUUAUUGGUGGAUUUAUAUCUGUGCAAAAUUUUUGUCUAAUAUCAAGCAAGUUCUUUCUUGUCAUUUUGAUUUACUUUGAUGUUCUUUAUUCAUGUUAACUAUUUCAACUUCACCCCCUUUCAUACUCCACUGUGUCUGAUAUAUCAUGCUGCCUGCCACCUCUGUCCAUCAUGGUCACCCUUUUAUCUGAGCUGCUCCAAUGGCCUAUUUUCUAGGACAAAUUGUGAUACAUCUGUUAACAUUGGAUGUUCUGCCCCUUACAAAGCAGUUUACUUAUUGUUUUGUACUAUAAUAUCAACCUAUCUAAUUCCAUACUUCGGUUUUGCAGUGCACAACAAACUGGCAUGAUACAAUUAUAUUGGCGAAAGCCUUUGACCAUAGGGGGCUGCAGCCAGGGUUUUGUAUUUGGAAGAUUAGAUUGUUUUUCUCUGGUGCCCUAAUUCUAUUACAUACCUGCCACUUGGGGUCAUAUAAUCACCUUUUGCUCCUUGUAACAGUUUUAUAUCACGUUAUUACUAAAGAAUCCUAAAAGCUGAUAUUUGGGAAAAUAACGCAGUUGAUAGUUUUAAGAUUCAACUGCACUAAAAUUUGAUAUGGACAUUUGUGUUAACAUCUUUUAGUUAGGGGAGCACAUUGCAAUUUAUCAUUGUAAAUAAGUUUAAAUGAGCAUGUAACUUUUUAGAAAUAAAGGUGAAAAAACUCCAA